AUGAGCUCCCAUCGGAGAGUACUACUGUGCAUUUAAAUGGGUUUGUUACAAGAAAUCCAAAUCAUAUCAUGGAUUGGCAGCUGCCACAUAAAGACCCACAAAUCCAGAUCAUGAAGUUUUUGGAUUCAAAUGGCCUUCUUCCCAUCAGAGAAAAUUCCAAUGGCAUGGACAACAACAUGGGAUUACAACAAUCUUCAACCUUGGGCCUCCAAGGCCCAAAUAUCCAGCUAGACGAUGAGACAAGCCCAAGCAGUGGCAUGGAUGAUGAUGACAACCCGGCCCAGUUCGGGCACUUCAAUCCUGAUGUCAAUCUCUCACCUUGGAUUCAAUUUUACCCCACAGGAAAUGGGCCAUAUCCAGAUGCAGAGCCCAGAGAACGAGCGCAUUUAGAACCAUUUUUGUCUCAAUUGAUGCCUUUGAAUCAAGAUCGGAUUUGAAGGAGUUUCCAUUCCAUACUUGCGUAUUUAACUAGUUUUUUUUUUUUUUUGUGCUUGUUUAAUUUUCAAAUCUCCCGAAACACUUCGAAGCCGUUGUUUUUUCACCUUCCUUAUAAGUCUUAAGGACACACAUUGAUAUCACUGUGUUUGUAAAACUUUGCAUGGAAUUUACAUGAAAUACA